AGUACUCGCUCUGGGACCGUAUCCGUUGACAUUGCUGGGACAGGUGUUACCGAACCUGAAGGUUUUACCACCGGUAGCCGCGGUGAAGAGUUCCUCCGUGGUUCUGACAGCGGGACCCGGAGCAGCCAUGUACCGGUGGCCGCUGCAGGUCGUCGCCCGGAGGCUCAUUAAAGCGACGGGAAGCGGCACCGCAGUCGCUAAGGUGGUGAAUCAGGAAAUUUGUCCCAGCGCUUUUGCAGCCUGUCAGCUGACUGGAUUCAGCUGUUCCGCACAAUAUCGGACUCUGCACUUCAGCACACAGUUCUGCAGUGUGAAAGAGACGCCUCAGCACUCGCAGGAGGAAGUCGGAGCUUUCACCAAACUCAUCGAGGCUAUGGGCUUCACAGCGCCACUCAGAUACAACAGAUGGAAAAUCAAGAUUGCAGGGCUGCGCAUGUACACCUGCUGUGUGGAGAGGAUCAACUAUGACGAGUUCUUUGACAAAUGCUCGCUCCCAGACACUCUGAACUCCUGGUUCCUGAUUGCACAGCUUCACGUUUGGAUGUGUUUGGUCCGAAUGCGUCAGGAGGGCAGAGAGGGGAAGUUCAUGUGUCAUUACAUCGUCCACUCCAUGUGGGAGGACGUCGACCAGAGGAGUAAAAUCAUGGGGAUCGAUGCCGUUCAGAGGAAGGAAGCCAUGAAAGCCAUGACGGAGACGUUCUAUGGUGCCAUAUUUGGAUAUGACGAGGGGAUCCUGUCUGAUGACUGCGUUCUGGCUGCAGCUCUGUGGAGAAACCUGUUCAGCCGUCAGUGUGAAGACCCCCGACAGCUGGAGCUCAUGGUGGAAUACGUACGAAAACAGAUGCAGUUCAUUGACGCUCUGGAUGGAGAGGACCUGCUGCUAACAGGAGAGGUGAAAUGGCGCCCUCUGCUGGAGGAGAACGCUCAGAGCAUCCUGAAGGUGGUCAGCCCAACGUACAACGACACCGGCUUGUGAGCCUUAACUCCUCCUCUUUGUAACACUUUCUGUUCCUGUGGGACUUAAACUGGUCUGUAGCGUUCCUCUGCUCUUUAAGCCAUGACACGCGUCAACCUUUGACCUGACCCAGACUCUGGAAAUCUCCUCUAUUGUCCUGUCAGGUUUCAGAGCAGCUCCACGUUAUCACAAACACAUGAACUAUUUCUAUUGUGUCCUGAGUGCUGUUUUGUAUUUAUAAAAUAUUUUUAGAAUCUCUGUUUACCUUCUACUCUCUUCUGUUGAUGCUCUCAGACCUGAACAGUCUGUGAACACUCAAACUCUGUCACUGUCACCAAAAACACAUCAGUAAAGUUUUGUGAAUAAA